CCCAGACUGACAGCCGUCUGUAGUUGGCUCAAAUUAGACUUUACUCAGAUGCACUGAAGACAGGACAUGACUACUGAGCCAAGUUUCGAGCCAUGUGUGAAUUGCAGUGGGGGGGUGUAUGGAGGUGGCCAGGCCUGCCGGGCUAUGGGAAAGCUCUACCACGACAGCUGUUUCAUCUGCAGCGUCUGCGACCAAAGACUGCAAGAACAGUCUUUCUACAGUGUGUCUGGUAAACUGUUCUGCGAAGAUCACUUCAAGCACUCUGAGGCCCAUCCUUCUACACAAACUUGUGACUCAUGUGGCUUUCUCAUCAAGGAUACGGUCCUUCAGGCCUUUGGAAGCUGCUACCACCCAGGCUGUUUCUGCUGUGUGAUCUGCUGUCAGAGUCUGGAAGGAGCACUAUUCUUCCUGGACUCAACAAAUAGGGUGUACUGCCUCAAAGACUACCAGAGGUAUGUGGCUCCAAUCUGUGCCACCUGCUGUCGACCCAUUCUACCUUCUGAGGGUUAUUUUUCCCUUACAGGGAUCAGCGGUGACAGAGCGCAUUGUGUCAAUGAACCGAGAUUACCAUGUGGAUUGUUUUCAAUGAGAUCAUCCCUGAGAAAUAGACUGCAUGAAGGAUAAGAAAGGUCACGGCCAUUACAGUCAAACACAAGCCUGAAUCAUGGACCAGAUGUCCACUAUACAGUAGCCGUAAAGGCAAGCACUUUUAAGGGAAAUCAGUUCUUUCAGUUCUCUACAUUUCACCUAUGUGUUUCUUUGGAACAAUGGCUUAUUCUUUGUGGUUCCCUAAUUUCCCCAACCUGAGUAAACUUUAUUGUAUGUGGUAUAAAAUCUGUGUAUCUACAGCCGUGUUGUUGUUUUUUUAACCAGUUUAAUGUCAAAUUUAAGCUACAACGCAGUGAGGAGGACUCGAACCUGUGACGUGUCUAUUGUACACACGGUGUUGCAGCUCCUCCAACAGGUUGUGGAUUGCCAAUGCAGUCGCUCAUCCCGGAAAUUAGUUUUACGCAGAAAAAAUUAAAGUUUGACAUGGCGUCAAUCGACCUCCGUGUGUCUUAUCUGAGCAUUUUAGCUCUUUUAAACUUUGUUUUUGUGUUCGUGACCGGUACUGACUUUGUGCGUUUCAUCUCCUUUCGAGCCAUUUACCACAACAUCACAGG